UUUUCUACUAAUUUACCAUAAUUUAUUUAUUUAUUUUAAUAAAUGAUCAUCAUUAUUUACAAUGAAAAUUAAAAUCAAAGACACAAAAAUCCAAAAUUCGAGAAUAUUAUUGUCGAAUUAUUAAUGUUAAAAUAGGAAAAGAUUAAGUAGUUUCCAAUUUUACCCCUACGUGUGAAAUUAACUGAAAAGGGUAAUUUCGUCAUAAGAGGACAAACCAAACCGAGUACAUAAAGGAAAGAGACUGGCUCCCACUGUUGGAGCUUAGUGUGGCCAUUAAUGGAGGCUUAAUAUUUAGAUAAGAGAGAUUGAGAAAGUUUCAGAGAAAACCCAAAUCGAUUUCGAAUGGGAUUUACUCUUUCUUCUUUUUCUUCUUCUAAGACGAAAAGCUCUAAAGAGAGUUGGGGUAUGGGUCUUCUUCUGGUUUUUUUUCCAGAAGAUAAUUCCGCCAUUGUUGAAAAAAACAUGCUUUUUAACUCUUCUUCCUCUUCUUCACCAAACUCUUCAAUUUCCGCUUCAGUAAUUAGAAGAAGCAAUUCCAAUCGUCUUCUUACAAAAGCCCAAUCCACCAUUUCAAUCUGUGCUCUACUCGUCUUCAUCACUCUUCUCCUUUUCACACUCUCAACUUUCGAACCAAACAGUAACCGAACUCACCAACAACAACCAAGAAGAUUCCUUUCUCAAAACCCUGAAAUUUUCCCCAAACACAGUAAACCAAGAAAUGUCGGUGGCGGCGGCGGCGGCGACCGCGAUUUUCUCUUCUCAUCGUCUCCAUGGUUGGGCAAAAUGUGGAAGCAGAAACCCAAAUUGAGCUCGAAGAAUCAUCGAUUCCCGUCAGCUCUUCAAGGAUUAGGAACUCUUUAUCGAAGAGGAACCAGAGCAAUGGCAGAUCUCACCGUCGGCCAUAUCUCCGACGAUUUAAAACUGAGCGAGCUUCGCUUAUUUCUCAGAACUCUUCACAGGUCAGGACUCACAGCACGAAGCGACGUCGUUUUGUUAUUCGAAUCCAACUCGUCUAAGUUCGACUCAGUGAUUCAAGAAGAAAACGACUCGUUUUUAAAAUUCGUUCAAAACCACAAACACUUGAACAAAACGAGUCGCCGACUCAGUUCGAGUUUCGACUUGACUCAGUUCAAACCCGGAAAGAAAGAAACUGCGGAGACUUUUUGGGGUAAGAAAAACCGUAACAUUAACAACAGUAACUCGAACGAGUCGACUCAGUUGAGUUACGGAUCGGUACUGGGUUUCGAAGCUUCUGAACUCGACCCGGAAAACUCGCUCGCCGGUUUCUUAGACCACGUUCCGAUAAAUAUGAGAAGAUGGGCAUGUUAUCCGAUGUUAUUGGGACGAGUUCGUCGCCAUUUCAAGCACAUAAUGUUAGUGGAUGAGAAUAUUUUGAUCUUGCUCGGAGAUACACUCGGCCUGGUUAAGAACCGGAGCCCCGAGUCAGUAUUUCUGUUCUCGAAAUCGGAUUUUUCCAAACACAACAAGAUCAAAAAUUCCGUUAACUCCGCCGUCUUGGUCGGCGGCGCAAGGGGAAUUCGGCGGUUAUCGAAUGCAAUGUUGACGGAGAUUGUUAGGGCGGUGACGACGAGUCAAGAACACAAGAAGAAGAAGAGUUCACUCACUGAGUCGGCGAUUCUUAACCAACUCGUUGGGAACGAGUUUUUACUUAAUAAUGUGAAUGUGAAGUUGAUUAAAUCGGUUGACUCGGUACCUGAGAUGAGUUCACUCGCUCAACUCGGUCAUAACUCGGUCUCUUUGGUGCAACGUGGUAAUAGUAAUAAUGAUCGUGAAGUUAUUAAUUCUAUUAUUAUGAAACAAAUUUGUUCUUCUCAAUUAGAUUCUUCUGUUUAUAGUGAUUGUUAGCCUAAAAGAAAAUUUAGAAUAAGGUGAAAAGUAAAGAGCAAAUAGAAAUUUUUAAUAAUAUUUUAGAAUUUAUUUUUUUCAUUAAUUUAUUAUUUUGUACUUUUUUUUUUUAUUUUGGGUUAAAUUAUAUUUUAGUGUUAAGAAUAUUUAAGAUUUGUUCUUAAAUGUAUAUAAUAAUAUUAAUAAGGAAUGUAAAUUUGAUUUUUUU